UCUGGAAAUGCUGGACAAAGUAGAGCCACCUACGAUUCCUGAAGGCUAUGCCAUGUCGGUGGCUUUUCACUGUUUACUGGAUCUUGUCCGUGGUAUCACGACUAUGAUUGAAGGAGAGUUGGGAGAAGCAGAAACCAUCAGCCAAACCACAGCAGAGACAACUUCAUUACCAGCACAGUCUUCAGAGGAGCAAGACUUGCAGUCUGUAUCUGACCAAUCAGAGAAUGAAUUAGUUAGCAGAGCUGUCUGGGAAGAAAUGGUGAAUGCUUGUUGGUGUGGUCUUCUAGCUGCUUUAUCUCUUCUGCUUGAUGCAAGCACUGAUGAAGCUGCCACUGAAAAUAUUCUAAAAGCAGAAUUGACUAUGGCUGCACUUUGCGGAAGGCUGAGUCUUGUAACAUCAAGAGAUGCCUUCAUCACUGCCAUUUGCAAAGGAUCCUUGCCUCCUCACUACGCCCUUACUGUACUAAACAGCACAACUGCAGCGCUGUCCAGCAAAUCUUAUUCUAUUCAGGGACAGAAUGUUCAAAUGAUCAGUCCCUCAAGUGAAUCUCAUCAGCAAGUUGUUGCAGUAGGACAACCCUUAGCUCUUCAGCCACAGGGAACAGUAAUGCUGACUUCAAAAAAUAUCCAGUGUAUGAGGACAUUACUCAACUUAGCUCACUGCCAUGGAGCAGUUCUUGGUACAUCGUGGCAACUUGUCCUGGCUACUCUCCAGCAUCUUGUGUGGAUUCUGGGACUGAAGCCUGGUGUUGGGGGUGCAUUAAAACCUGGAAGAGCUGUAGAAGGGCCCAGCACGGUUCUGACUACAGCAGUUAUGACUGAUCUGCCAGUUAUAUCCAACAUUCUUUCAAGGCUUUUUGAAAGCUCACAGUACCUUGAUGAUGUGUCUUUACAUCACUUAAUAAACGCCCUUUGCUCCUUGUCUCUGGAAGCCAUGGAUAUGGCCUAUGGAAACAACAAGGAACCAUCGCUUUUUGCUGUUGCUAAAUUACUGGAAACAGGACUAGUUAACAUGCACAGGAUUGAGAUUCUUUGGAGACCUCUAACUGGUCAUCUUCUGGAGGUCUGUCAGCAUCCAAACUCCAGAAUGAGAGAAUGGGGAGCAGAAGCUUUAACAUCUCUCAUUAAAGCGGGACUGACAUUCAGCCAUGAUCCUCCAUUAUCUCAAAAUCAGAGACUGCAGUUGCUUUUAUUGAAUCCUCUAAAGGAACUGUCAAACAUUAGUCACCCUGAUAUCAGGAUCAAGCAGUUGGAGUGUGUGUUACAGAUCUUGCAAAGUCAAGGUGACAGCUUAGGACCUGGUUGGCCACUGGUGCUUGGAGUCAUGGGGGCAAUCCGAAGUGAUCAGGGAGAGUCCUUAAUACGGACUGCAUUCCAGUGUCUUCAGUUGGUUGUGACAGACUUUCUCCCAACAAUGCCAUGUACAUGUCUGCAGAUAGUUGUUGAAGUUGCAGGAAGCUUUGGACUUCACAAUCAAGAGCUAAAUAUUAGCUUAACUUCAAUUGGUUUGUUGUGGAAUAUUUCGGACUAUUUUUUCCAAAGAGGUGAAAUAAUUGAGAAGGAGUUAAACAAGGAAGAAGCAGUGUUGCAGAAACAGGCCGAAGAAAAGGGAGUGAUGCUGAAUAGACCUUUUCACCCUGCACCACCGUUCGACUGCCUUUGGUUGUGCCUGUACGCCAAACUGGGAGAAUUGUGUGUGGAUCCCCGACCUGCAGUUAGAAAAAGUGCCGGGCAGACGUUAUUUUCUACUAUUGGUGCUCAUGGAACUUUAUUGCAGCACUCAACAUGGCACACAGUAAUAUGGAAGGUUUUAUUUCACCUGUUGGAUAGGGUUCGAGAAUCUUCUACCACGGCCGAUAAAGAGAAGAUUGAAUCAGGAGGAGGCAACAUUCUUAUCCAUCAUUCAAGGGAUACAGCUGAGAAACAGUGGGCUGAGACAUGGGUAUUAACACUGGCUGGAGUCGCAAGAAUAUUUAAUACUAGGAGAUAUUUACUGCAGCCUUUAGGAGACUUUUCCCAAGCCUGGGAUGUUCUUCUUGAUCACAUCCAAUCAGCAGCACUCAGCAAAAAUAAUGAAGUUUCCUUGGCUGCUCUGAAAAGCUUCCAGGAGAUCUUACAAAUCGUUUCUCCUGUGCGAGACACGGAGAAGCCUGAUACUCCACCUGCCAUCAACGUUUCUGUGCCUGUGGUGGUAGGCACAACAACUGCCACUAGUCUUGGCAGGUCGUUCAUCAGAACUGACUCCAUAGGAGAAAGAAUAGGAAGGUACAAUGGAUCUGAACCACCUGUAAUAACAGAUGAGAUCGAAGAUUUGAAUCUUUGGUGGGCAGCCUGGAACAGCUGGUAUAGGAUUGGUUCAGAAAGUACAAGGCCUCCAAUGACUUGUGAUAAAUUGACUUUCAUUCCCAGCCAGCCUUUUCUUACAGCUUUAAUUCAGAUAUUCCCGGCUCUCUACCAGCACAUCAAAACUGGUUUCAGCAUGGAUGAUCUCCAAAAGCUGGGUGUCAUUUUGCAUGGUGCUGUUUCAGUUCCAAUCAGUUCUGAUGCUUCCCCUUUCAUCCUUCCAUCUUACACCGAAGCAGUUCUGACAAGUUUACAGGAAGCGGUGCUUACAGCUUUAGAUGUUUUACAAAAGGCUAUAUGUGUGGGUUCAGAAAGUAUGCAGAUAAUGUAUCCUGCAAUCUUCGACCAGUUGCUGGCCUUUGUAGAAUUUUCCUGCAAGCCUCCACAGUAUGGACAGCUGGAAACAAAGCACAUUGCAAAUGCAAAGUAUAAUCAGAUACAACUAUUUGCACCGGCGGAAUGGGUAGCAUUGAAUUAUGUACCAUUUGCUGAGAGAUCAUUGGAAGUUGUUGUGGACUUAUACCAGAAGACAGCUUGCCAUAAAGCUGUGGUAACAGAGAAAGUUCUUCAGAACAUUAUUAAGACACUAAGAAUACCUCUUAGUCUGAAAUAUUCCUGUCCUUCUGAAAGCACAUGGAAGCUAGCUGUUUCCUCUCUUCUCAAAGUUCUCUCUAUUGGACUACCUGUUGCAAGGCAGCACGCAUCUUCUGGCAAAUUUGACAGUAUGUGGCCAGAGCUAGCAAAUACUUUUGAAGACUUCUUAUUCACCAAAAG